AUGGCCAGUGGAGAAGACGAGCCAAGGAACUGUGUGGUGUGUGGGGACCGAGCCACAGGCUAUCACUUCCAUGCCCUGACUUGUGAAGGCUGCAAGGGUUUCUUCAGACGAACAGUUGGCAAAAGCACUAGUCUCACUUGCCCCUUCGCUGGAAGCUGUGAGGUCAGCAAGGCUCAGAGGCGCCAUUGCCCAGCCUGUAGGCUGCAGAAGUGCCUGGAUGCUGGCAUGAGGAAAGACAUGAUACUGUCAGCAGAAGCCCUGGCAUUGCGGCGAGCAAAGCAGGCCCAGCGGCGGGCACAGCAAAAACCUAUGCAGCUGAGUAAGGAGCAGAAGGAGCUGGUCCAGACACUCUUGGGGGCCCACACUCGCCACGUAGGCACCAUGUUUGACCAGUUUGUGCAGUUCAGGCCUCCAGCUCAUCUGUUCAUCCAUCACCAACCCCUGCCUGCCCUGGCCCCUGUGCUGCCUCUGCUCACACACAUCGCAGACAUCAACACUUUCAUGGUACAGCAAAUCAUCAAGUUCACCAAGGAUCUUCCCCUCUUCCGGUCCCUGCCCAUAGAGGACCAGAUCUCCCUUCUCAAAGGAGCAGCUCUGGAAAUCUGUCACAUUGCACUCAAUACAACUUUCUGUCUCCAAACACAAAACUUCCUCUGUGGACCUCUUCGCUACACAAUGGAAGAUGGAGCCCAUGCAUCUCCCACAGCGGGGUUCGAGGCUGAGUUUUUGGAGUUGCUCUUUCACUUUCAUGGGACACUGAGACGACUGCAGCUGCAGGAGCCUGAGUAUGUGCUCAUGGCUGCCAUGGCCCUCUUCUCUCCUGUUCCCUAUCUUACAGACCGGCCUGGAGUUACCCAGAGAGAGGAGAUUGAUCAGCUGCAAGAGGAGAUGGCACUGACUCUGCAGAGCUACAUCAAGGGCCAGCAGCCAAGGCCCCGGGACAGGUUUCUGUAUGCAAAGCUGCUGGGCCUGCUGGCUGAGCUCCGGAGCAUUAAGAAUGAAUAUGAGUAUCAAAUCCAACAUAUCCAGGGACUGUUUGCCAUGAUGCCACUGCUCCAGGAGAUCUGUAGCUGA